AUGCUUUAUCCAGAAAUUCGUCGUUCUAGACUGAAGGAGUGCGGCUGGGUGUGUAUUCAGGGGCUUCCUGGCAAGUCGGUUUUCGGUGAGUGGGAUGGAGAAGUUUGUGUGGAGUUUCUUUUGCCGACCAGGUCGACGGAGCUUCCACAGCAAGAAACAACAGAAAACAGGAAAGUGAUGUAUGAAGACAUGAAGAUUUCCUCUGAGAUACGAAACAGUGAGUCAAAAACGCCGUCUGUAACUAAUCUCGAUUUUGCGGAAAGUGAUGCGAUUGAGCUUGAAAUUGUAUCCGCAGCGAAUAUUCAAGCUUCUACUACAACAGCCGAAGAGACAAUCACUCGAAACAUUGAAUUGGAUGGUGAACAUGACCUUAAUGACAAUACGAUUUUGAUGUCUAAAGAUGUAGGUUUCCUUAAAAUCUUCGAAUCCGAAAAUGUCUCUGAUUUCUGCUUGGUUUUCUCCGUUGUUACUAAAAAUAAUGCCAUCAAAGAAAUGAGUUUUGGUAUCGGUCAACAAUGUUUGUUACCACAGCGAAGCGAGACAUCAUUAAGUGUUCGCAGUGAAUUAUAUAAUGUGAGCAAACCGCAUAACUGGAAAACGAAGGAGACUAAUGCUGAUCCAUCAUGGGGCUCUUGUUUUGAGUUAAGUCACGAUUCAGAUGAAGUUAAUAAUGCGGGUGAUAUAGACAGGCGUAUGUCAACUUUCAAGAAAAAUUUAUGCAAUAGUUGCUUGCAUAAUGGAGCAUAUAGAGGUGAUCUUGCCGCAGUAUGUGGUGAAGAAUGUGUUAAAUCAAGAUGGAGAAACAUUUCUAUUCCUGCGCAAAAUUGUAAUCGUGCUGCGAUCGGGAAUAUAAACACUGCAAUUAAUAAUGGAAAAGUUGCUUCAGUUUCUGAAAAUAAUGUGUUUUUAUCGGGCACUGGAUUCUCAUCGAAAUAUAGCCACGAUAGUCAAACUGAAAUAUUGCUGACAGCAUCAGUGCAUCAAAAAGCACAGCUGAGGGAAAAAUGUGAUUGUAUAUCGUUGACGGAAAUACCAUCUAACCUUUCACUUUCGGCUGGGCAUAGUAGCAAAAGUUUUAAUGAUUUGGUCUCAUGGGGUGAUGUUGCUCCUGCAAUGGACAAAUGCCAUGUACAAACUCCAAAAAUCAGUGAUGUUGCAGUAGAAGAGGACAUACCACUGUUCUGCACAGUGCUACCUGACACCGAUCACAUGGCAGAAUGUGAUUUCAACCAAACACAAAUUAGCCGUGAAGAAUAUAUUAAAGCCAAAGCAAAUGUUGAACAAAAAAGAAAGGUCGAACUGUCCAAAGACGAAUUUAAAAGACACUAUUUCGUUGCGCAAAAUACUAUUAUUUAUCCAGCAAAUCAUUUGGAAAUGCAGUGUUUUCCGAAUAGUACCUGUCGAUUCAAAUACGAAGAAAAAGAUGAGAAAAGUGAGGACACGCAAGGGGCUGUUUUCCUUAGAGAUCAAUAUUCGCAAACUAAGGAGCCUAUAGUAACACAGUCAUUGGAGGACACAAAUAGGGCAGCGUCCGUGCUGAACAUGAUGCUACAACGACGUUUAAAUAAUGGUGGAAACCAGAAUGGAUCUUUCGCCCACGAACGAUUGAAUAGUUUUUAUUUAACGCCACCCAGUGGUCCAAAAUCGCCACCACAAGAGAUUUUGAAUUCUCAAAGUUUCGCAGGUACCAACGGGUUAAAUGACUUUGUUGAUAAAAGUGAUGCUCCAUCACCACAUUCAAAAUAUUUGUCAGUUGAACCUGAGAUGAAUGAAAAGGCAGCAAUGGUUGUGAACAAGCAGUAUGAACUUAUAGCCCAGAAGCCGAAAGAAAAUCUGAAGCAAUAUUGCUACGAAAAUAACUGUGAGAAAACAUCACAAAGAUCGGGAAGCGAUGGCCGCUCAACAAUUCGUGACCGUUUACCACGGGGACAAACACGUAAAUUGGCAUCAUUGUUUGAAAUGAUGAGUGAUAUAGCAAGUGUAGAAAUGUCGAGAGAGAUGAAUCACUUGAAAAAGCGUGGCAAAUCAGUUCCACCGAACAUUAUCACUAAAACUUAUCACCGAAAGCCUAAAACCAACGUCAGGGAACUUUUUCACGAUGAUUUAAUCUUACAACAACGAUCCAUUUUGACUACAAGUUCGGGGAUAUAUGGAAAUCAUUUAGAUUUCACAGUUCCACACAAAAGAAAUGCGUUUAAAGAACAAUUUACAAUAGACAAGCAUAUUGAAGUACCUAGCGUACGCAGCAUUGUGAAUCGAUUUGAAUCGGUAUCGGCCCAAAAUGGGUGUCGAAAUUCACCACGAGCACUUCAAAUUGACGCAACACCACGAAAACCAAGGAAUCAGAAACGACAAUCGCAGUACGUUACACAAAUGUUACAUCCAGUGCCGGUUGUCACCAAUCAUAGAAAUAUUCAAAAUGUUCAAUACACUGUUGACUCAAACUACAAUAUCUGUAGUGUUGCAAGGUCAGCUUCACUGCAAUCGGAUGAAUGGAAUGAGUGCGCAAGUCGCGGAAGUUCCGCCCACUAUUUACCGUAUGAUAGAACGAGCUGCGCUAACGCUUGGGAUCAGCAGCAAUACGAAUUAGGAUUACGCAAGGGGAUAAUCAGUUUGAAACGUUAUGACAACAGCUAUAGCGGAGUGACGAAUGAGAUUCUCAAUCGGGACCCAUCUCAUGCCAUACAAACACGCAUUCGCCAAAUGAAUUACAAUUCUGAAGUACAACCGAGCCACCACAUAGCUGCUGUUACUGACUGCUCACAAAAACAUAUCUAUGAGGGAAAAUCUGAUAGCGAAAUCGUCGAUCACGUCGCUGAAGUAGAAAAAGCAUUUGAUUUCGUCAAUAAGACCGAGUCACUAGUAACUCCGGGUCAACAAUGUUCGCAAGAAUCUCUGGAAAGACCUUCAUCGCCACCUACGAAAGAUUCGAUCUCACUAUACCGUGAUUUGGAAAGAAAACAUCGUAAAUCACCAAAUGGUGACGUCUCUGUUCGUUUCUCUCCGGCUAUUUAUUCGCCACCUCCAUCUGUUGAUAAACGACUGGUAACUUAUGAACACAAAAACUCGGUUACCAAAAAUGCAGAACUUGGAAGUUAUAUGGUUACAACAGAUCCAAUGGCCACUUCCACUCCUCUUAAUGGUUCACCAGCAGCUAAUAGUCGUACGCAAACCUCUGCUAGUUAUGUGCUUAAUCGAAGUGGCAUCUCCUCAAUAACGGCUUCAACAGCCCAGGAAAUCGUCCAACUACAACAAUCAGAUAUAGAACUACAGACAAUAAAACAAGAAAUAAUGAUCCAGGAGGAUCAGGUUGCACAGGCAUCAUUGGCAUUAGCUCACUGUAAAAAGAACAACAGUUUCAACGGGACUCUUGUUGAACUAAGCGCUCAGCGGGGUUUAUUGCUGGCACGUGAACGGCUUAUGGCAUUGCAAAAUGAAGUGCAGCGUUUGAAAACACGUCGACUUGUAAAGGAAUCAGUUCCCCUAAUUGCGAAACGUAUGCGUGGAGCUAUCGACCUUACAUCAAUUAAUGUUUAUCUUAAUCGUAACUUUUGCAAUCGUAAUAUUGAUGAAAAUGUUUCAUAUGCUUUUGUCAUCCUUCUGAAAACUGAUGAGCAAGUAGAAGCUACACAAACAGUUACGUUGAUGGACAGGCGAGCUUUGCGCGUUAGCAAAGUUCACUUUUCUGAUCAAAUUCGCUUUACAAACCUGCCGGUCGAUUUUACAAUAUUAUUGGAAAUUUACGCUUUGAAAGUCAGUGAAAGUCGUCGCUCGGAUGAUUAUUCAUGCAGCAUGCUGAGGAACAAAGCGAAAUCGUUGUUGAGUCCAUCCAAGAAGACAUGCGGUAAUGAAUCAGUUGUGGGCUUCUCAGAAUUCACAUGCUGUGGACAUAUCUGUUUAAAUAGAGACACCGUUGGUAUACAUAAAUUUUAUCUAGAUGGAGCAGUUUAUCCAUUGGAGGGAACAAUUGAGAUCGAUUCACGCUGCACGACACUUCCUCCUACUAUUGAAAUCGAUUUCCGAGGAUUCUUAACUAUGUAUCAAAUAAUAGCUGGAUUGGGAUCAUGGGCCAGAUAUUGGGCUGUUUUGCGUUGUGGUGUAGUGCAAUUUUGGAAAUAUCCAGACGAUGAAGUUUAUGAAAAGCCAGCCCUUGCGUCUAUGGAUCUUUCGAAAUGUACGGACAAAGAAAUUAGACAUGCACCACACGAAAUCUGUUCACGUCCGAAUGCUUUCACUGUCGAUCUUCUGGUCCCAACAUCAUCCUCUCUGACAGAAAAGAAACGUGUGUUGUUAUCUGCGGAUACGAAGGAGUUUUGCAGUGCUUGGUUGAAUGCACUAAAUGGGACAUUGGAGGUACUUCGAGGAUAG